AUGGCAUCUACCACUUCAACAGCAAGAAUACUGAAAUCACACAAUUCUAAAGAGCUACCACACAGAAAGGAUGGGGAUUUGUUGGAGAAAAUUGACAAUGAUGUUCUUCAAGUGAACAUAAUAAAAAAAGAAAUGAAACACAGUUGGAAGGGCCCGAAAGAAGAAGAAGACGAAGGACAAGAAAAUAGAGUAGAAGAAAAUGAUGUAGUUGUCAGAAACCAAGUAGAAGUAGAGCAAGAUUUGGCAUCCGAUUUUGCAGCGAAUAUCGAUCCAAAAUCUUUUCGGCAAUAUGAGCUUGCUUGUGACAGAGUGAAGCAGUUUUAUGAAGAGCAGCACGAGUUUCAGACUGUGGCUUAUAAUAUUCAAGCAAGGAUCAAUUUCAAGACAAAGACAAGAGCUAGGAUGACUGUUUGGGAAGGGCUAGAAAGGUUAAAUAAGCUACUCGAUGAGUCUGACCCAGACACUGAACUUUCCCAGAUAGAUCAUGCUCUACAGACAGCAGAGGCAAUCAGAAGAGACAAAAAGCCUAGAUGGUUUCAAUUAGUAGGUUUGAUUCAUGAUUUGGGGAAAUUGCUUUACUUUUAUGACUCCAAAGGGCAAUGGGACGUCGUUGGCGAUACUUUCCCGGUAGGCUGUAAGUUUCUGAAAAAAAUAAUUUUUCCUGAUAGUUUCACGAAGAAUCCAGAUCUUUUCAAUCCUUUGUACAAUACAAAAUAUGGCAUAUAUUCCAAGAAUUGUGGUUUGGAUAAGGUUAUGUUAAGUUGGGGACAUGAUGAAUAUAUGUAUCAUGUGGCCAAAAAAAGUUCUAUACUUCCACCAGAAGGAUUGGCCAUUAUAAGAUAUCAUUCAUUUUAUCCCUGGCAUCAGGAAGGAGCUUACAAAUAUCUAAUGAACGAGCAUGAUGAGCAGAUGCUCAAGGUGGUGAAAGAGUUUAACAAAUAUGAUUUAUAUUCUAAAUCAGAUCAACAGUAUAAUAUUGAAAGCUUGAAAAGCUAUUAUAUAGGCUUGAUCGACGAGUACUUUCCCCUGAAGGUUAUUGAGUUUUAA